CGCUGGCCCGCUCCCCCGUUCGAUAAGCGGCGCAUUUCAAAAGGCUGGCAGCGAGGCAGGGCAGGGCAAACGCUCCUCAAUCCUCAUCGCAGUAACGGCUACCCAAACCCAACGCAAAACUCUCCCCUCCUCCUCUCGGCGGCUCCGCCUCGCCGUCAUCAUCCUCCCCGACCCCCCGACCAAGGCCGACAAGGGCGAAGGGGAAGAGCUGCUGCUGGUGCUCACGAACGAGGCAGGCGACGAUGGAAGAAGCAGCAGGCGCCACCGUCGCUAUCCCCAAUUCCUCCUCUCACCCUCCCAGGAUUCGGGCCGCCCCCGUCAGAGUCGUCGCCAGGAUCUGCCCCGGCGGAGGCUCCAGAGGCUCCUUCCAGGUCGCCGCCCGCGUCUCCGAUGCGGCCGAUUCGUCUCCCGCCUCCGCCUCCGUCUCGUUCAUCCCCAUCAACAAGGAGGCCACUCCUGCUGCCGCCGGGGCUCUGACCCUGCGCAAGGAUUGCGAGUACAAGCUCGAUUACUGCUAUACGAAGGAUGAUUCCUACACCCUCAUCUUCGACAACGAGGUCAAACACCUCCUGGAUGACAUCUUCUGCGGCGAUGGGCAGAGCAACGCAUGCGUAAUCACUUGUGGUGCCACCGCCAAAACCCACCUCAUCAUGGGGUCCCAGGAUCAUGAUGGCUUGCUCAACAUGGCCAUGAAGGAAAUCCUCCGCAGAGCCAAACCCAUGGGGGCAGCCGUCAGCAUUUCCUCUUAUCAGGUGCUUCAGGAUAACCAUGUCUUUGAUAUCUUGAAGCCGAAGGACAGCGAGGUCCAUGUGCUGGAGGAUGCCAAUGGAAGGACUCACCUCAAGGGCCUGUCCAGGGUUGAUAUCAAGUCAUUUGAGGAGUUUUCAGAUCUUUGUUGUGGUGGAAGUUACAUGCUCAAACAAACCACAAAAACUUCAAACCAGUUACAGGCCAGAGGACACCAAGGCUUUGUUAUUUACAUUUCUAAAGUUUACAAGGCAGGCGGAGAAUGUGCUGUAUCUAAGAUAAAUUUCCUUGACUUGGCAGAAUAUGUUGAUAUCAAGCAGAAGAACUAUGGUGGAGGGGUUGCUCCAUCAAAUUCUAACAAGUCAUUAUAUGCUAUCAUGAAUGUCGUGCAAGCUCUGAACAACAACCAGAGCUUCAUACCCUACAGACCAUAUAAAGUAACUCGUAUUUUGCAAGAUUCUUUGUGUAAGACAAGUGGCGCUGUGUUGAUCUGUUGUUUGGAUGAAGUUUCCUGCCAAGAUGCAGUCUCUACUCUUACUUUGGCUUCUCGCUCAAGCCAAGUGGUCAAUGAACAAUUCUACAACCUAUCCUUGGGUACCAGAAGUUGUUCAAAAUCAAAUGCAAGCCUUUCAGUAAGGGCUAAGAAUUUGUCAAGGUCAUUGCUGCCCUCUAUCCAGCAAAAUUCUGUACCGAAGAAUGGCCGAACCCAAUUCAUUAACAGAGCAGUAAAGGCAACUCGAACCCCCACUGCCAAUAAGAGGUCUGAAGCAACCAUGCAUUCGGCCAAAAAACAUGUAAGCUCUGUCUCUACUUCAAUUAAUAUGAAGCAAAUAGGAGCUAAGUCCAUUCAGAGUGGCAGGAGGUUGUUCAGUACAACCACUGAUUCAUCAAAGGAGGAUAAGAUAGGUGCUGUGCCAACUAUGGUGGCGAAAGCUGAGGAGGUUCAGUCAUCACUUGGCAUGGCAAUUCAAGGCUCAUCGCCGGUUGAGCCAUGUGAUGAAACAGAAAAGGUUGUAGAUGUUGUGUCAUCUGAAAGGCAAGAAGUAGUGCCUUGCAGUGUGAAAGAACUUGCAUUAGUUGACAUUCAAGAAAAGCCUUUUUGUCCUCUUGUUCAGGAUCCUUUUUGUCCCCUUGUUCAGGGCCAUUCCUCUUCAGAUUUGCAUGCAGAGAAUUCAUAUGCUGACUUGGGCAUGACAUGCUCAUCUGAUAUAGCUGAUGAAAUUGCUGAGAAGACUCCAGUCUGUGCUAUCCAAUCCUCUCCAAAGCUGAGCGAUCGACUAAAAGAGAUAUCAAACUCAUUGAAGCUUCUUAGCACUAGGCCAGUGAAUAUAACAAAACCAAAAACAGAUAUGCUUUGUGCCCAACCCUAUAACACAGAUGUAGCUGAACCAAGAACUCCUGCAGUUCAAUUGAAAUUUGGGCAUGCUGAAAAUCUUCAAGAGUCACUCAAGGGUCGCAGCACAGGGAUUAAGAAAUCCCUGGCUCAAGAGUGCUUGACAAUUCUAAACAGCGCUAAUAAGGAGCAGUUAAAAAGCCUUAAGGGUAUUGGAGAGAAAAGAGCAAAUUAUAUACUUGAGCUCCGAGAGGAGUCACCAGAGCCAUUGAAAAAUAUUGAUGAGCUUAGAACCAUCAUUGGGAUGAAUAAAAAUGAGAUCACCAAAAUGAUGUCAGAGAUGAUUCUGGACUUGUAGAUCGACCUUGGAAAGGAGAGGGCUGUGUUGAUUUCUUUCCACCUAGGAAAGGAGAGACGAUAAUUGAUGCAUUCUAUAUUUCUACCAAUCUGUUUGGUUUCAAAUGUUUUUCCUUUGGUGUUUGUUGUUUAGAGAUUUAUUUCAAAUGCUUCGGAACCCAGAUGCUCUUGGGUGUUGCAAGUUAGAAUAAUUAGAUGUACUGUAGUAUAGUCAUGUACAAUGCCAUAAGUUUUUAUACAUGACAUAUGCUGUGUAAAUACAAACCGAGAUUUGGAAAGUUUUCCUGUCUAUGUAUCUGAAAGUUGCAGGUGCUAUCAAUUA